UGUAGACAUGGGCAGCUUGCCGCCAUGUGAUCCACUACUGGGUUUAAAAGCUUAUAGCCCACAGUGAAGGACACAGUAUACAAUUCCCCAUUGAGCCACAUUGCACGAGCUGGGAACUGCAUCCUAAACAUGUCAGACACAGAGGAUGCUGCAUAUGAAGGAGAACAAGAUGGCACAGAGGAAAAUGAAGGAGAUGAUGCAAAGCCCAAGCAAAGGCCAAAUUUUGUGCCUGGCUUGGCAGCUCCUAAGAUCCCAGAUGGAGAAAAAGUGGACUUUGACGACAUUCAAAGGAAACGAAUGGAAAAAGACCUGACUGAGCUCCAGACUUUGAUUGAAGCUCACUUUGAGAAGCGUAAGAAGGAGGAAGAAGAGCUUAUUGGCCUCACACAGCGUAUUGAGAAACGCAGGUCUGAGAGAGCAGAGGAGAUGAAGAUCAGAGCGGAGAGAGAAAGAGAACGGCAGAACAAACUAGCAGAAGAGAAAGCCAGAAAAGAAGAAGAAGAAGCCAAGAAGAGAGCAGAUGAUGAUGCAAGGAAGAAGAUGAUUCUGUCCAACCUGACUUUCACUGGAUACAGGCAAACACAAAGCGGGACAAAAAAACCAACAGAAAGAGAAAAGAAGAGAAAGAUUCUGAAUGAUCGACGGAAAGAAUUAAAUAUUGAUCAUUUGAAAGAGGACAAACUCAGAGAAAAGGCUAAGGAUCUUUGGGACUGGUUGCGCCAGCUAGAGGCCGAGAAAUUUGAACUUCAGCAAAAAUGCACAAAGCAGAAGUACGAGGUCACGGUGCUGAGAAAUCGUGUCAGUGAUCAUCAGAAAAUUUCAAAGGGUGGCAGGAGCAAGCGUGGCCUGAGGAAGUAACGUCUGACAUCAGCUGGAGAAAAACCAGCAACAUCAGCCAUCCGUAAACGACUGAGCAUAAGAAACUGGAUAAUAAUAUUUUCUUAAUACUUGAAAAUGGAAGAACAAUAAAAAAAACAGUACACAAUUUUAGAUGUUGUUAGUGGAAUAAAAUGCAUGUUAAGUUACUGACAGCAGACUGAUCAGAUGAUGUGGUUUAACUUGUGUUCAUCUGACCAUGUGUAACACAUAAGGAUGAUUUUUUUUUUUAACUGAAUCCAAAAGUUUAAAAAAAACUGACUGAAAGAAAUCAGAGCAACUGAAUCAAUUCUGGUGUGUAGGAUUUUGUGAUUGAAAGGAAUUUAAAUAAACUUGUAUCUAACAAAAUG